AUGCGGCUCAUCAACGUGAGGACAAUGGAGCUGGAGGAGUUCCAUGGAGACCAGGUCCCCAGGUACGCCAUUCUCUCUCAUACCUGGGGACAGGGCGAGGUCACAUUUCAAGACUGGAAAGAUCCCAACCUUGCUUCCCAGAAGGCGGGUUUCGCCAAGAUCCUCGGCGCUUGUCGACAAGCCUCUGAGGAUUCCCUAGAAUAUCUCUGGGUGGACACCAACUGCAUCGAUAAGACGAGCUCCGCAGAACUCUCAGAAGCUAUCAACUCCAUGUUUGCCUGGUAUCGCGAUGCCGUGGUUUGCUACGCUUUUCUCAUUGAUGUUCCUACCAUACCCGCCAGUGGUCUAGUUCGUUACGAAGCCUACUGUCAAAGUCGGUGGUUCACGCGCGGAUGGACCUUGCAAGAGCUUCUCGCGCCACGGGAUGUGAUCUUCUUUGAUCAAAAUUGGCAGCAGAUCGGCAACAGGUCGGGGUCGUUAGGGGAGCGGAUAGCUGCCAUAACGCAAAUUGAAGUCCCUUUCAUUACUGAUCAAUCCACUCUCACGCGUGCGAGUGUCGCCCAGAAGAUGUCGUGGCUAUCACGACGUGCCACUACGAGGGUCGAAGACAUGGCAUAUUGCAUGCUUGGAAUCUUUGGUAUCAACAUGCCUCUACUCUAUGGCGAAGGAACAAAGGCCUUUCUGCGCCUACAGGAAGAGAUUGUGAAGAUAUCUACCGACCAUACCAUAUUCUGCUGGAAUUGGGUCGAGUCCGUACCCGGCUCAUGGACCAGCAUGCUAGCCCCUACCCCGGCGGCUUUCAAGUUUUCUGGUUGUUACUUCGAACCCAAAAGGGACAUCAGCUCACCCAAGAUAUCCCCCUACUCAUUCACCAAUGCUGGUCUCUCUAUCCAGCUUCCUCUUGUUUCAGCUUGGGGCUACUCGUUUGCCCUUCUAGAGGCUCAUCACCCUGGGUCCUCCCGCCAAUUUGCCAUUCCUCUCCGCUAUAUUGGAGAGCUUGGGGCCUUCAGGCGGAUAGCUUUCCCUCCAUGUCCUGUUUCUAUCGAAUCGUGGCUCCCAGGGCCGCCUCGCAAACUGCUCGUGAGGGCGAGACCGAACCCAUUUCAGUUAGAACUAGGACUUCCCACCACGCCAGAGUUCCAGUAUGGCCUCCUCUUGACUACCUCCAGCAACGUGCUGCAGGACUUAUGGCGCGAUUCAUUUUAUGGAGACUCGCCCGUCCCUACGCGGUUCCCUACAAACAUCAUGUGCGGUGUUGUUACCGCAUAUCCUGCAGUCUGGCGAGACCCAGUGGUUCUGCAGGUUCUCACCUGA